AUGCCGUCGCCGGACGCGGCGGCGAGGCACACGGGCGCCGGCGUGGCGCGUCGGCAGGCCCACCACGAGCGGAUGCGCGACGAGCGCGCUCGGGAAGCGGCCGCGGGUGACGCGGAGCUUCCGCCGGAGGACGACGCGGUCGAGAUGGCGAGCGCCGUCCACGUGCUGGACAGCGUGGCGGAGGUGGGCCCGAACUACACUCUGCUGCGCAGCAAGGAGACGAAGGCGAAGCGGCGGAAGCGAAAGCGCGAGGAUGCCAGGGCGGCGCUCGACGGCCACACUGUCCUGUCCACCGGAUCGCGCCUCGAGAUCUUCUGCGACAGCGAGCGGUGGUACCCUGCGACCGUCAUGGCGCGGGAGGAGGACCGGGACGGACGGAUCGUGCACGAGGUCGAGUACGACGGCUACUCGGAUCGGCGGUGGUGGCACAUGCUGGACGACGAGCGGUGGCGCGCCGUCCCAGAGCAGGCCGGCGCGGGCGCAGGCGGCGCUGCCGCAGAUGGGGAUGGGGAUGUGGCGAUGGACCGCGUGGACGGCGAGCAUGGCGCCCGUGCCGCGGGCGACGCCGAGGCGGCCGAGGUGCGGGCGGCGCCGCCUCCUGUGCGCCGGGGCGUGCGGCGCAGCGCGCUGGCGGACGCCCUCCAGGCGGAGGAUGACGAGCAGCAGGACGAGGCUGCGCGUGGCGAUGGGCGGCCGAUGCUAGCGCCCCACGGGCCGGCGCUGUCGGCGCACCUUAUUUUUCACAAUAGGAGACAAAAAAAGAAAUGGCCGCGCCGGAUCGGACCGCCGCAAGCGGCGUGGCGUGUAGCGGUUGAGCAUCCCUCCGGGGGGCCCUCUGCGCCGGGGAGGCGUUGUUGGAGGCUAGGACGCAAGCGUCCGUCGCCCUUUUUCAAACUCCGGGUCCCACUCCCGCUACGCUCCUGA